UAUUAAAUAGGGUUGUAAUGCAAGUUCUCUGUGGUAGGACAUUGGCUGUUAGAUCUUAUGAGCUGUCUUCGAUUUUUAUUCGGCCGCAGUGGAAAUACCGAGCAUGUAGGGGAAGCUCUUCUCUCAUGAGGUCUCUGGCCAUUUCUUCACAUCGCUACUUGUCUGCUCAGCCUGAUAAGAAACCAGAUAAAAAGAGCGAAAAGAAAGAAAAGGACAAGGAGUUUGAAGAGUUCAUGGAUCAGACGUUCAAAAAGUUAGGUGACUUUAUAAAGGAUAAGAUGGAGAAUGAGAAGGGAGGAGACAAGAACAAGAAACAGUCGAAUAACGAGAAGAAAGGUGGUGACGAAAAUUCAAGCUGGUCUACAGCAUUGUUUGCGUUGAGUGCAGUUGUGGCCUUGUAUUUGAUGGCCCGAUCAGCUAACUCGAAGGGUGAAAUGACCUGGACCGAGUUUACAAUGGCCCUAAAACAAGGAAGGAUUGCUAAAAUUGAUAUAAUCAACAGAAGCUACGCAGUUGUGUACAUGGACUCUGAUAGCGAGUUCUCCAGCGGGACGCGUCAGUGGAUAAACAUAGGCAGUCCAGACAUGUUCGAAAUGCGGGUGUCUCAGACGGCGAAGGACUUAGGUCUGGACCAGAUGCACACCCCACCAAUUCAAUACAAGACGGACAUUUUGAGCUCCAUUUUUAAAACGCUCCUGGAGUUUGGAUUCAGCAUUGGGUCGUUGCUUCUGGCAUUCUACCUGCUGAAUCGGUUCAUGACGGGUCGCAUUGGCAAGAGUGGAGGAGGAAUGGGUGGAAUGGGAAGUAUAUUCAACCCUGCUGGACAGGGACACUCGAAAGUAGUUACUGAGAAUACAGGAGUCAAGUUCGCAGAUGUGGCUGGAUGUGAGGAAGCUAAGAUUGAAAUCAUGGAGUUCGUCAACUUUCUCAAGAAUCCCCAACAGUACACUGCUCUGGGUGCCAAAAUACCCAAAGGCGCAAUGUUGACUGGGCCGCCUGGAACUGGAAAAACGUUGCUGGCGAAAGCAACUGCAGGAGAGGCAGGAGUCCCAUUCAUUUCAGCUAACGGAUCUGAAUUUCUUGAAGUCUUUGUAGGAGUCGGCCCACAGAGGGUGCGUGAGUUGUUCAAAACAGCUCGGGAAAAAGCGCCAGUGAUUCUGUUUAUCGAUGAAAUUGACGCCAUCGGUAGAAAGAGAUCGGGAGGUAUGAUGGGAGGCAACAGCGAGCGGGAGAACACUUUGAACCAGCUGCUGGUGGAGAUGGACGGAUUCAAUACAUCGGCUGACUUGCCAGUGAUAGUAUUUGCAGCUACUAACAGGGGAGAUGUACUGGACCAGGCACUGUUGCGACCAGGCAGGUUCGACAGAAAGAUCGAAGUAGGGCUGCCGGACAUCAAAGGAAGAGCAUCAAUCUGUAAAGUACAUCUGAAGCCUUUGACAAUGGAACUUGACAAAGCUGAAUUUGCGAAGAAGCUCUCGGCACUGUUGCCGGGCUUCUCAGGGGCGGACAUUGCGAACGUGUGCAACGAGAGCGCUCUCAUAGCCGCGAGGGAGGGGUCCAAUCACAUCAACGAGAAACACUUCGACUCCGCCAUUGGCCGGGUGGUGGGAGGACUGGAGAAGCGUUCUCGGGUGCUGCAGGAACAUGAGCGAAAAACAGUGGCGUACCACGAGGCAGGCCACGUUAUUGCAGGAUGGUUUUUCGAACACGCAGAACCAACUUUGAAGGUGUCGAUUGUGCCGAGAGGGAGGGCCCUUGGCUACGCCCAGCUGACACCCAAGGAGCUCUAUCUGUACUCGACUGAGCAAAUCUUCCACCGCAUGUGUCAGCUGUUCGGCGGUAGAGUGGCUGAGGAAGUGUUUUUCGGACGCAUUACCAGUGGCGCCCAAGAUGACCUACAGAAGAUCACCAAUAUGGCAUACUCUCAGGUUGUGAUGUGGGGAAUGGACGAACAGGUGGGUCCGGUGUCCUUUGACAUGCGGCAGACCCAGGAGAAUUUCGGCCAGAAACCUUACAGUGACGAGACUGCCCGACUUAUCGACGAACGAGUACGCAAAAUAGUGCGAGAGGCACACAGUGCAACGACCGAAAUGCUUCAGCAACACAAAGAAAAGCUAGCUGCGCUGGCGGAAAAACUAAUGCUCAAGGAAAUCCUGUCAAAAGAGGAGAUUGCGGAUAUUAUUGGUCCGAGACCGUACGAUACAAAGAAUACUUAUGAUGAAUUAGUGGAAGGCACUGGAGGAACAGAAGAGAAUACAGAAUUACCGGAAGGUCUGAAAAAUUGGAAUAAGUCUUCCGAAGAGUCCUCAUCAGACAGCGAAACUACCAGUGAAGAGAAUAGCAAUCAGAAGAAAGACGUCUAGUGUUGAAAAAAUAUUCACAUUCAAUGCUGAUGUUGAAUAUUACGUUUUUUCGUUUGCUAAACUGAAUAGCGUUUAGAACUCGAUUAUUUUCUCCUUAAGUAUUAGUAGUAUCUUAAUUGAAAUCUGUGCAAUGCGACUUUAUAGUUCAUUCUAAUUGAAUUAUUUUGCACCGAA